CAUUUGUAAUAAGCAUCUAUUUUGCUUAAAUUAAAAGAGUGAAAUAUGGCAAAAAUUACUAGUGAUGUGUGUGACGCUCGUUGUCAAUUAUUUCACAGUGAAAUGAUAAGAAAGGAAAAUGCAAUACGAAUAAAAUGGUUUUUAAAAAAUCAACAACGAUUAAUAGAUCAGUUAGGAGAGCCGAAAUUUACGAAACGCGCUAAAGAAAUAAUUACAGAGUCUAAAAAACGAGAAGCAGCACGUGUAGAUAAACCCAUCGUACAACGGAAACCCUUACCCACAUGGAGACCACCUAAAUCCAAUGGUUCUAUUAAUAUAGAUAUCAUGAAACCGAUUGAUCCCGAUGUAAGAGCUGUACUUUAUAAGAAAGAAAUUCCAACUUUUAUUACUACUCAAAAUUAUCUAACUAAAAGAUAUAAAGAACUUCCGGAAAAGCGUUUCUAUUUUCCCGAUUGUAAAAAUUGGGUAUAUGGUUGGCGUCUUGAUGAUUAUCCUCCUAUUCCACUUAGCGAAGUAAGACUGAAAUCUGUUAUGUUAACACAAUUUUAUCAGCGUAAAGCAUUCAAUUUGGAGCAAGAUCCAGAAUGGUUUCGUGGUUGUCAAAUGCAAGGAAUUUCAAUGAACCGUUGACAUAUUAAUUAGUAACUAAUUAUUUAUAACUCUGAGAGAGAGAGAGAGA